CGCCGCCUCCAUGGAUGCCCGGCGGCGGGGCGCUGCGGACGGAAGCCAGGGGGCAAGCUCCGCCCGCCGGAGUUGCCGUUCCGGGGCGGUAGCAGACGGCUGUUGGCGGAGCGGGCAGUAUGAGGUUCACGGUGGAGAGCCUGAAGCAGGGCAUGAAGUACAUGACGGAGUCGCAGGGCUUCGACCGAGUGCUCAACAAGAUGAAACUUCUUUCUGCAACUCCUGGAAAAAUUGUUUGUGAAAUGAAAGUAGAGGAGGAGCAUACAAACAGAGGUGGCACAUUACAUGGAGGUUUGACAGCCACACUUGUGGAUGUGGUGUCAACAGUGGCAUUGCUGAACACAGAAAGAGGAGCGCCUGGGGUCAGUGUGGACAUGAACAUCACAUAUACUUCUGCUGCUAAGAUUGGAGAAGAGAUACUGAUUACAGCUCAGAUUUUGAAGCAAGGAAGAAAUCUUGCAUUUGCCACUGUGGAUUUAACAAAUAAAGCAACAGGAAAGUUAAUUGCACAAGGUUACCCAUGUAGUAGAGCACAAGGAAAAGGAAGUGAGGAUUAAAACUGCUCCCCCAGCUACUAUAUACCCCACUGGUACAAAGAGGGAUUUUGUCUGUUAUCUGAAGUAAAAGGCAGAGGGUGAGAAUGAUGGAGGUGACAAAUUCAAUACGUGCCAAAAGAUUCAGAGUGCUCUCAGCUCCCUGUGCUGAGGCUGCUUUGUCCUUGUGCAACUGUCGCACUGCAACUUCACAUGACUUCCCUCAAUCAAAGCUGGCUGCCUCGGGAGCCUACCAUAGUUAAAUGGUCCCAUUCUAUCACUGAGCAUUCAUCAUAUCUACAUAAUCACAAUUGAAAAGCGUCCAGGCAAAUUAAGAGCAGCAAACCUCAACAUGGAAACAACAGUAUCCUCCUGUUCCCCUUUGAGCUUGGCAAGGACUGUUGCAGGCUGAGAGGAAGCAGAGAACACCCCCUUACUGAAAUAACAAGCGAAUUCUCUUUUCCCUUAUAACAGACUAUUCAGCACAGUGUUUUAGUGCCGCCUAAUUAAUAAGAGGAAAAUCAUUAAUAUUCAGGCCAGUUAUUUUAAAAUGGUUCAUUAAACUGAUUAUUUUAAGACAACCUUGUCUGUUACUCCUCCACCAGCAGCAUCACAUUGACCUAAUUUAUUUCACAACAUAACUUAGGCUUGGAGAUGAUCUUAGAAGGAAUUUUCACCAUUGAGCUUGCAUAGCUUUGGGAGUAAACUGUCAAUCAUCAAGCUUAAUGUUUGGAUUCGUUAUUUACUGAUUUCACCCUAACCUACAAGUUGAAAAAAUCUGUAUCUUACCUUAGUAGAGUCUCGAAGUAAAGGAAAAAAAACUUACCAUACUAAGGA